GGCCACGGGUGCGACACCCGCGGAAACCCCCCUCUCUUGCCGAGGCGCUCCCCGGGCCGUGCGGGACCCCCCGAGGGCCCCGAGGCGCUCACCCAGAAGGUGGUGGAGUAGGUGAUGAGGCUCAGCUUCAGGCACAGAGGAAAAAGAAACUUGAAGAAGAGAGUUUUUCUUCAGAUUUUUGCUCUUCAAUCAUAGGUUAAAAUGCCAGGGAAGAAGGAGGAGGAGGCCCUUGGCAUCCUCUCCUCCUGGAACUGCAUUGCAUCACUCGGAAAACAGGAGGAGAGGACAUGAGGCAGCUCAUCCCGACGUCCUUUUCACAGCACUUGGGUAAAUGCAUGGAAAUCCAUACCCCAGCAUCCACUGCAAGGAAAUGAGCAGGUGCCAGAAGAUUUUCUUCUACUCUCACAAGAAGUGAGAAGCCAUGGGCGUUUUUAACGCCAGCAACGUUUCGCAGGCUGGCUCCCUGGAGGAUGGCAGCAACUGGACAGCAGCAACCCAGUUCAGCCAGCCAGGCUGGAGGAUUGCUCUGUGGGCCAUCACCUACUCCUUCAUCGUUGUCACAUCCAUCCUUGGCAACGCCACCAUCAUCUGGAUUAUUCUGGCUCACAGGAGAAUGAGGACGGCGACCAAUUACUUCAUCGUUAACUUGGCCCUUUCGGACCUGCUGAUGUCGGCCUUCAACACCAUCUUCAAUUUUAUCUAUGCCAGCCACAAUGUCUGGUACUUUGGUGAGGAAUUCUGCAGGUUUCAGAACUGGUUCCCCAUCACUGCAGUGUUUGUGAGCAUUUACUCCAUGACAGCCGUGGCUGCAGAGAGGUAUGUGGCCAUCAUUCACCCCUUCAAGCCCAGGCUGUCUGCUGGAAGCACCAGGGUCAUCAUUGGGAUCAUCUGGCUGGUGGCAUUCGGGCUUGCCUUCCCCCAGUGCUUCUAUGCUGAGAUCACCCUGGACAAUGGCACCAUGAAAUGCAUCGUGGUCUGGCCUGAUGAUGUUGGAUCCAAGCACCAGCUGGCGUACCACCUCGCUGUGAUUGUGUUGAUUUAUUUCCUGCCUUUAAUGGUGAUGUUUGUUGCAUACAGCAUUAUAGGAGUUACCCUGUGGAGCAGCACAGCUCCAGGCAGCCACCUGAACAGAGUCCACUACGAGCACCAAGUUAAUGCCAAGAAAAAGUUUGUGAAGACCAUGGUGGUAGUGGUGAUCAUUUUUGCUGUCUGCUGGCUGCCCUACCACAUCUACUUCAUCCUGGGGAGCUUCAAGGAGGACAUCUACCAGCAGAAGUACAUUCAGCAGGUGUAUCUCGCAGUCUUCCUCCUUGCCAUGAGCUCCACCAUGUACAACCCCAUCAUCUACUGCUGCCUGAACCAGAGGUUUCGCUCUGGAUUCAAGCUGGCCUUCAGGUGGUGUCCCUGCAUCAAAGCCACUGAAAAAGACAAACUUAAACUUAUGUCCCCAUCUCUCUACCAGACAACCCACAGGAAGUCAAGAACAACAAGUUUCAACACAGAAACUCAGCUGAAUGAGAAAGAGAAGACAUCCUUGACCCUCACCAGAUUAACCCUUUGAUUUCCUGCUCCUGGUUCUGGCUCCAUCCCAUACACCAUGCCAAGGCAGCAGAUCUGAAGAAGCCUGAAAAGCAGCUCUUUUUCUCUGGAACAACUGUUUGCUACAGGACUUCUUUAGAUGCCAUCAGCAUUGAAGGCAGAGUGUUGGUAACACUUACAUCCAUGUAGGUCCAAGCUGCAGUUCCGAGUUUAGCCCUCCCUUACAUCAACAACUGCAGUACAGAACAGACAUCAGGCCCAGGAGGUCCAAAAAUCAGCAAAGCAGAUCUGAGGCAGUGCCAAUGAGGAGAAUAGAAAUUGUUCUCUUCUACAUUGUGAUCUCCUGACUUCUGUUCCACCAGGACACUUGAAUUGAGAGAAGAGGUGAUGGAGCAGAAAGGCUGGGGCUCAUGUGGCCCAGCUGGGAUGGACCCUGGGGCUGUGUGGGCAGCCAAGUCCCAGGGCUCAGCAGCCCCAAGGCACUGUGGACCAAAGCCUGGUUACAACAAAGGUAAAUACUAGCACAUCCAGACUGAAAAAUCCUCACAGUUUUCUGCAUUCUGGGAUUUUCAUGCCUGCAAUUUCACCAGCAGAAACAGUUCCUUAAGAUGUUGUCCUUGCACGGAUUUCUAGAACCUUGCCCCAAAAUAUGAUGUUCUUUUUCCUAUUAAACCAUGCUCAAGCCAUUUCUCCUUCACAUUAAUUGUGAAUUAAUUUGGAGAGUGAGGCUCCCAGAAGAGUCAGUAGCCAGGGAUUGUCACUGGCUUGGUCAGGGCUCAUGGAUCCACUCAGAAUCUACCUUCUUUACAUCCUUUUAGUCCAAACAGCAGUGGUUCAUCACUGUCUCUUCCCAGGUAGUCCCUGCCCCUCCCCUUUCCAGACUUACUCCAUAUUUAUCCUCACUGCUCUUCCCAGGUAUGAAAAUAAAAGCUGGAAUAUGUCAUCUUCCCAG